UCGCCUCAGGCCUCAGCGUCGCGUGGUCCUCGAGAGUGGUGUGCUCGUCCUCCCCAGGGCUCCAGGCUGCUUCCAGGGCGUGGUGUGGGACGAGUGCCCGCUAGCGGGUCGGCGCAACACAGCCCGGCGGCCGCUGGAGGUUAGGUCGGCCCUUGUGCGGUGAGAUAUCUCGGCGAGCAGCAAGGGGUUGCCGUUCGCGGCCGCCGUCGAGCACCAUGGCCAAGCCGGAGCUGUACCGUGCCAAGUGCGGCUUCAGUCCGUACGCCCUCAGCCCCGCCGAUAAGGCGACCCAGGACGUGCAGCACAAGUCCGUGCCCACCUCGCCCAACUUCCUGCGCUCCGCCAACAUCAACGCGCUCAACCUCAACAACAAGGUGAACCAGAACAUCCAGUUCUUCACCAAGCUGAGCGCCAAGACCAUCGAGGAGGGUGGAAACGCGGCGGUGGUGCCCGGGUCGCCGAAGGCGGUGCUCAGGAAGAAGGACAAGUCCCCUGGCAGGCUGGCCGACAAGGAGAACGACCAGCAGGGCAAGAAGGAGGAGGACCCCGAGGACCAGGAGGGCCAGGAGGGGGAGAGGGAGAAGAAGGACGAGAAGCCGAGCGAGAAGCAGGAGAGGGUGAAGGUGCUGCUGGACCUGCCGAACCAGGAGCAGAAGACCUCCAAGUCCACCGAGGACCUCAGUGAGGUCGGCGACGACGUCAACGAGAAAGACCUGGACGACAUCAAGGAUCUCAACGACCUCAAGGAACUGUUCCUCGGCUUCAAGGAAGGCGACUUGUUCAGGGUUCUGAGCAAGGAGUGGGAGCUCUGGUGGGCUGUGCGCUCACUUGACUCCAACCGUCGAGUUGGCCUGGUGCAGGCCCAGCUCCUGGAGAAGACAGAAGACGAUGCGCAUGUGCUUGAUGACGAGGAAGCAGAAGAUAUGGACCAGAUCGAGACGAACCUCAAGGCAUCCCUGGACGAGCUGCGGCAGCGCAUCGGAGAGAACGAUCCAGCGGGCAUCUAUUCCGAAGCAAUGAUCCCUGAGGCCGAGAGGAUGGAGCGGUGCAAUCAACGGAACCAGCCCGGGGGUCUGAUGGGCGGAAUGGGCCUGGGAGGACUGGGGAGGCCCAUGCCAACAGGUGGGCCGCCCCACGUCAGCUCGGAGGGCCUCAUCCUGCCUAGGAAGCCACAGAACCCUUGCCUGGACUCGACGGAGAAGCAAAACCUUCAUCGAGAACUCAUGUUCAACCAAAAGAUGGGCAAAAGUCCUCUCAACCAGAAGUCUGAGCUUCAGCGUGCUCUGCAGACUCGUAAGGAACAUCAAGUUAGGAAGGAAGCGGAGCUGCAGAAACAACAAUCUAAGACCCCAUUUGAGCAGAUGAUUGAGGCAAGAGCUCGCAAGCUGGAGUCUAAACCUGAAGAAAAAAACAACCUUGGAGCUGAACCAGAAUUCAUCAAAGUGCACGCAAAGCUGCGAGCAAAGAUGGAGCCGAAGUAAUGGGAUAUACUGUGGCUAGUCACUGGCAACUUUAUUUGGAGCACGAAGCUCGUGUGUUACGCUGUAUUCACUGUUGUUCUCAUCACAACCGGACAUCUCAUUUGGCCUAUGUAAAGAGGCUGCUGUAUUUUGACCCAAGGUGCCAGUUGAACCCCUUACAAAAACUCAAGCCAUUUCUCACAAAAAGCUAUGUUCAUGUUGGAACUAAGCUUAGCUUCCUGUGUUAUGUGCCUCUUUCUGCCCUCCUAGGAAAUGCCAUAUAGUUGAAAGAUGCAUUGAAACAUGGUAUUGCUUGUCUGUGACUCACAUUUUUACUUUAAGAAUUUUUAUGCAAAGUGGACAUUACUUGUGUGUUCUCUCCAUCUAGUUUAGCGUUAGUUGUGAUCUUAUUUUAAUAUGUAACUGUUAGUUAUUUAAAUAUACUGACUCCUACUUCCAUCAGAUUGUGCACAAUGAAUGUCAGGAAUUCAGAUGGUUCGCCAUCUGUACUGUUCUUUUCAUAUGUUUCUUGCUUUAAGAUUUUUUGUGUGGAAAAAGAACCCAUUUGGUUGUACUCUUGACUUCAGGGAUUUAUUCCAUUCCUCCAAUAUUCAGGAUAUAGUGAUGUACUGUGCUGUGUUUGACAAAGUUUCAAUGAGUUCUCCCAAUGUUAUUGUUCUAAAUCAUUGUGUAUCAAUCAUCAGCAAACAAAAGCUAGUUUAUAUCACAUUGAUUGUGAACAGUUUCUUGACCUCAAGAAAGUGCAUUUCUGUGAAUAAAUUAAAAGCCAUAAUUAUUACAUGUGACGUAUUGUACUGUAACACAAUUUAAUUUCGAUAGUCAUUUUUGUGUUCAUAGAAUUUUGUUUUGAAGAGAGUACAAUCCUAUCAGUAGCCGUCUUUUAUAUUUUGAUUUCUGGGGAUAACAUAAUUGCCAAUGACAUUUAUAAAAUGCUUUCUUUUUUUUCUUUUGAAAGUGAAUACCUCUGUCAUGUUAAACAAUCGUUUGGAAAAGUAAGAUCAAAAUAUUUUCUUAUGUGUCAAUCACAUUGCUUGAGUAUCGAAAUCCAGAAUAUUUUUGUAAUUCUACUUGUGUGAUUCUUAAAAUUAAUCAUCGUGACUACAAAAUUUUCUUAUUUGUGAACCAUACUGAUGCAGUUCAAAAUCAACAUGUUCGUUCACACAGUUGGCUUGGAAAGAAUUUAAUUACUUCAUGUAAGGCUAAAGCCAUCUCCUAAUUGUCUGGCACUAUGACUGUCAAUUUUUUGUAAAGAGAACCGUUAUUUUUGAACAGUAUUACUGUGGGCUUAGUCAGGGCUUUUAAGUCAGCCAUACAAAUUUGGUAUGUAACAAUAAAUCUCCAAUGUUUUCUCCUUU